AUGGUUUCUUUCAACGUCUUCACCAUCCUGGCCGCUGCCGUCGCCAGCGUCGCCGCGAUCCCUGCCGGAACCGCUACCAUCGGCAACAGAUUGCCUUCAAGAACGUUCCUUACCGGAGUGACACACUCUGUCGUCGCAGGACGGGGAGGAGCGCUUGUCUAUGACCCCGAUAACGUGGUUGCUCAGCCCGGCGAUACUGUCGAGAUUCACUUCCUCGCCGCCAACCACUCCAUCGCGCAAUCCGACUUUGCCCACCCGUGCACUCCCCUCGCAGACGGCACCGGCCUCUUUGCCGGCUUCAACUUUGCCACCUCCGAGGGCCAGAACCCCAACGUCUACCAGUUCACCGUCAUCGACAACAGCCCGCUCUGGUUCUACUGCCCUCAGCCAAAGGGCGCCCACUGCACCAAGGGCAUGCUCCUCGCCGUCAACCAAAACUUUGACAGCCAAAACACUCUUUCGAAGCAGAGGGAGCUCGCCGCCAAAGUCGAGCCUGUUGUGCCCCCCGUCGUGCAAGGCGGCAGACUGGGCGGUUUCCAGCGCGCGAACCCCAACCCUCUCAGCGGGUUUUAA